CUAACGACCGCCAUCCACGCCCGCCAGCAUCCUCGUCUGGCUGGUCCUCCGUCGUUUCUUUACAUAUCCCUCUCCAGCAGCUCGCUGCGUCCUCUCCUUUCCUUCACUUGCCCCGCUGGGCCUCUAGCGCCAUGGCCUCCAACAACUAUGCCUACAACGCGACUUACAACCACAGCAACGCAUCCAACAUUCACACCCCUUAUGGCUCUGGCGACCCGUACUACAACGAGUCCACUGGCUUCGUGACCCCCAAGGCCACCAAGAAGAGGACUAGCAACUGGGUGAAGAUCGGUAUCCCCGUCGGUCUCGUCGUCGUUGCUGCCGCCGUAGUGGGAAUCAUCCUGGGCCUGCGUUCGCACAAGUCAUCCUCCGCAUCUUCGUCGGGCAGUUCCUCGUCAGAGGCUGCAGCCAGCCAAGCCGUGAGCGCCAAGGCCGCCAUUGGCCUUUUCGCGACGGCGACCGACAGCCAAUACCUCCUUCCCAUUUACCCCUCGGCUACCAAUACCGCCGCAUACACUAGUCCCACGUUUAAUCCCUCGACCAAUGCUGCGCUUGCGUGGCCUGAAGAUACCUUUGCCCCGAGCGAUCCCUCGCCCACGAACGUCCGCACGGACCGUCCACGCCUGAUCGCACCCGCGUACAAGUGGCAGGCACUCCCCAACCUGAUCAAGAACGACCCCUACCUCAAGUCUUGGAACGACACGAUCUUCGGCAACGCGACGGAGUACUAUGGCCUCCCCGUGGUCCAGUAUUUCAUGGACGGUGACAGCGGUAUCCUCGACAACGCGCGUGAGAUCAAGAUGCGCAUCAAGGCUUUCGCGUACGUUUACCGCAUGACCAACGACACCAAGUGGGUGGACAGGGCGUACAAGGAGCUCCAGAACUCCGUCAGUGACACCUUCGGCCCGAACGAUAACACGAAGUGGAACCCUACUCACUUCCUCGAUACUGGCGAGUUCACUGCCGCGUUCGCUUACGCCUAUGACUGGCUGUACGAUGUCUGGACCGACGACCAGAAGACCAUGAUCCGGACCAACAUGAUCACGUAUGGUCUUGACCGUGGUCUCAUCGCCUACAACAACAGCGACAACCUGUUUACCGGGUGGUGGACAAACAACACCCAGGGUAACUGGAACUGUGUCUGCAACGGCGGUCUCACCCUUGGUGCUUUGGCCAUCGUCGACGAUGACACGACUGGUACCGCGGCUCAGAUCCUUGGGAAGACCGUGGACAACGCGAAAGCGAACUGUGCGAUGGCCGUGUCCACCGACGGUUCCUGGUCGGAGACUGCGAACUACUGGUACUUCGGUACUACCGGACACGCUGAGAUGGCGGCCUCGCUCAAGAGUGCCACAGGCUCCGACUACGAUCUCCUCGACGUCAACCCGAACUUCUGGAAGACCGGUCUAUUCCACAUGUACAUCACUGGCCCUGGGUCGCUCUUCGCCUGGGGUGACCACGGUCCAAACAAAUUCUCGACCACCGCGAACGCCAUGUUCCUGUACGGCGAUCAUUUCAACCACCCCGAAUACGUCCUCUUCCAGCGUGACCAGCACGACGCUCCUGAGCCGCUGUCCAUGUUCUACUACAACCCGACGGUGGCUGGCGCCUUCUGGGACGGCAUGCCGCUCGACAACUUCUUCUCCGAUGACCUCGACCAGUGGGCGGCCAUGCGCAGCAGCUGGACGGACGAGAACGCGCUGUACGUCGGUAUGAAGUUCGGGAAGAACCAGGGUCACCAGACGCACAACGACUUGGACGUGGGCGACUUCGUCAUUGACGCGCUCGGCACGCGCUGGGGAGGAGAUCUCGGCUCGGGCGACUACCGCUCGGAGGGCUACUUCAGCAACGACACGCAGGGCAGUGAGCGGUGGUUGUACUACAGAAAGCGCACGGAGGGCCAGAACACGCUCCUCGUGAACGCCGACAACCAGCUGGUCACCGCCGAGCCCAAGAUCCUCCAGAACCUCACGUCGGGCACCGCCCAGGGUUCGAGCACCGUCAUGGAUGUUCCCUCGGACUCUACCGCGCUGUUCACCGGUGAUCUCACGAGCGCAUACGCGGACACUGUCACUUCGUGGAAGCGUGGUGUUCGCUUGCUCAACGGCCGGAAGCAAGUGCUCGUCCAGGACGACAUCACCGCGUCGCAGGCUAUCAUGUGGCGGAUGCACACGAACGCAACGGUGACGCCGGACGGGACCUCGGCGAAGCUCCAGAUCGGGGACAAGACGCUGCAGAUGUCGAUCCUGAACGCGCCGAGCGGGGCAUCGUUCACCACCGCGGCGGCGAAGCGGCUGGACUCGGACCCCCCGCUGAUCGACGGGCAGACGGACCAGGACAACCCGGGGGUGACCGUUGUGCAGAUUAGCCUGCCGGCGGGGCAGUACAGCUUGCAGGUGCUGUUCAACCCGCAGUGGGACGGGAUGUCGGCGAGCGACUUUGUGACGCCGCCGGCGGUGGCGAUCGACAGCUGGACGCUGACGAGCCACGACGCAUAAUUGAUGGACACGGAUGUUUGUUUCUACCAUAGUUGGCGUAUUACUUUUCCAUGAUCAAUGAUGGACCGUGACGGCUCGGAUUCAUUUGUCGCCCUUGUAUUUUCUUCUUCUUCAAGUACACUUCUACUUGUGCCGCACUUUACGGAAUCGAAACCCUGGUGAACUGGAGUCGAGGGGUGUUUGCUGUUCAGGUACCCAUCGUGUGCUCAAUAAAU